ACGCAUUGCAGCAGCGGCUGCCACGGCUGCGCAGUUUGGUGUUUCCGGGCGGUGAGUGAGGGAGCGGGCCUCGGCUGUGAGACCCACGUGGAAGAACUGGGCUUGGAACCCAGGCCUGAGGGCAUCUCUCAGCCCAGGAGCCAGUAAUACCUCUGUGAGAAGCUCGAUGAAACACCCAAGAUGAUGGAGACUGAGGACCUGGUGCAGCUGCGAAAGCUCAACUUGGAGCUGCUGAGGCAGCUGUGGGCCGGACAGGAUGCUGUGCGGCGGUCUGUGGCUGAGGCAGCCUCCAAGUCAAGCCGGGACUCCAGCAGCAGCCACGAUGCAGAGACACCAUCGUUACGGGAGAUGACCUCAAUGGCCUCGAGGGCCUCCUCCCCACCGAGCGCCCACCAAGAUGGCACCUGUGAUCUGGCUUGGCCUGGCAGGACAAGCUCCCUGGCAGUCUCUCUCCCACCCCACAAGUGCCAACGCCAGGAGUCCUUGGGCCCUCCAAGGCCCCGCUCAGCACCUUUGUUGGUCACCUUGGACUUGAAUGAUUCAGAGCUUUCAGCAGAGCUGGGCAGUCCAGGGCCUCGGGAGGCCCUAAGAUCCAUCCUGACUCCUCGACAAAGCAAGCCAUCCAAGCCCAGAGUGACCUUCAGCAAGGAGCCUGCAGUGCCCGAGUGGAACUGGCGCCUAAGGCCGUACCUGGGCUACGACUGGAUUGCAGGGUCUCUGGACAGCACCUCUCCUGUCACCGGCAAGUCCGAGGCCUUCUUCUCGGAGCUACAGAACUUCCGGGAAGCGAACAAGGAGGAGUGCAUCUCCAGCGACCCUGAACCCCAGUUCCUCCGCUUCUGUGAGAGCAGCGACGUGGAUGAAGACCAUGAAUGUGUGUACUGUUACCGUGUCAACCGGCGCCUGUUUCUGGUGCCCGCGGAUCCCGGCACCCCCUGCCGCCUGUGCAGGACACAGCGGGGCCAGCGGGGCCCUGAGACCCUGGCAGAGCCAGCGCAGGUCAGCAUUGCCUACUGGGCUGGGAUAUCAUCCCUCCCAAGCCAGAGAAAAGCUCAGCACCCAGGAACCUGGACCUCUGGUCCUGUGUCUCCUCCGAGGCCCAGCAUCAGAAGCUGUCUGCCACUAGCCCCACCCUCCUGGUAUGGUCUGGGCCUUGUCCCUAGCCCUGGGUGCCCUGGGGAGGGACAGGUACCUUGGAGCAGGGCUGGGAACCAUAGACUGCCCUUGGGGGAAGUGCUGAGGUGGGGAGUCCAGGGCCUGGAAGUGUUUCUCUGCAGGGCCCUACCCCUCCUGGGCCCAACCCAAGACAGUGCUUGAGGCAUCCCUCAAGGCUCCACCCAUUCCUUCUGGCUGUCCCACCCACCUCACCCUAUCCCAGGAAGGUGACCCUGACCCGGAUCCGGGGGGACAGAGGGGUGAGGCUGGCCCUGGGGAGACCUCUGAUGCUGCCCUUCCCAUUCACCAUCCAGGCACUGCCAACGCGGGCUCCACCCCCUACCCCGAUCUGGUUAGAACCCCAGGUCACCCGGCCCCGUACUCCAUGGCAGAAGCAGUGAGGACUGACCACUUGGAGGAGGCAUCCUCCUGGCAUCCCCCCAGCCUCUCCCUUCUGGGAAGGGGGAGCCAACGAGGGAAAAGCCUCUGCCCAGUCUUGGCUGGAAGUGGACUUGGGCCCCACCCUCCUUGGUCGGGUAGGGUGGGUGGACCCAGGCCUGUCUGCUUCCUGGGAAUGGGAAAGCUCAGGGGUAUGUGGGUGUGUGAGGGGAUUCUGUUAUAUGUUUGUAAAUAAAGUUCUGUAAAUAAAGUUCGGAGCUCUCUGCAGCUCCUCCUUCCUGCG